UGAUGCAAAUUUUUGGUAUGGGGGGGGUGGAUAUGGGGUUGGUGGUGAUUUGGUUGGAGAUUAAUCUUCAGAUGGGUCAGAUGCAUUGCAGUGUGCAGGGGCGGACUGACAACUCAUGCCCCGGGCAAUAGGGGAUCAUGGGGCCCCUGUGUCCUUGCCCAAACUCAAAAAAAAUCUAUGAAAAAGGUACCGGGGCAUCUCAUGGGGCCCCCUACUGACCCUGAGCCCUCGGGCAGUGCCCAAGUUUCCAAGUGGUCAGUCCACCCCUGGCUGUGUGU